AUGCCAGAAAGCCCACCCACCAAGCGCUCGUCUGCUGUGCCCGACACCAGCGGUGCACUCGGUUCACCCAUCAGCUUCCGCAACCGCAGGGGCUCAGUCGCUUCUGUUAGCUCCACGAUUGAUAAGGAACAGCUUUCUUACGCUCUCGACCGUAUCCACGAUGCCGCGAGCCGUGCCGAUUCCUUGACGACCUUCAACGACUUUGCACCGCCCCCGCUACCGACAUCCUCGACCGACCCCAAGGGCGGGCCUGGCGAAAUCGUCACCCAGGGCUUCAGUGGUCUGUACAGCAGGUUUCGAGAAGCUGUGGGGGUUGGGAAUUCCCCCGCCAAGAAAAUACAGGAUGGUCUGGAGGCGGAGGCUGAUCUCGGUGGGCGAGCGUCAAGGCAAUCGGUGUCUUCCGCAAGCCGUCAGGAUACUGGGCAGAGCGCAUCACCCUCAAAGCUAUCGCGCCAUGAUACAAUAACCGAUGGCGCAUCGACCGUCAGUAUCCCAGAAGUGCUGGACACCCGCUCAACGAGCUCUCAGCAGUCAAAACCAAACAGCAUGAGUCUCAUGACCGGACCCAAGUCACAAGCCUCAAAUCGCCAGAGCCUGCCGACCAACGCUACAAGUUCCGUCCUAGCCCACCCCCCGGUGCUCUCAAAGGAGGAAAGUGGGCGCAGCAGGCUGGCUUCACAGGACAGCACUGGAGAUUCUGCUCGGAGGAGCUUGAGUCGCGUUGACCUUGAAGCCCGCCUAGCGAACAUGGAUCCAUCGCUCUAUGAUACAAAGGAAGGGAAGUUACCACCCCGGGCUCAUCGCGAAGAUAGCUCGAGCAUUGCCAGCGCGGACACGACUAGAAGCCCCGUCAAGAUGGCCCCCCCGCCGAUCCCAAGCAUCCAGACGCGGCAUCUGCGGACACCUUCGGGAAGCUCACUCCUCUCGCCGGACAACAUUACAAGAAGACCGACUGCAAUCAGCCGCCUCAGCUACAACCGUUCUGCCGGCUCCCGCGACUCGUCUACUGAUCGUGGCACAGCAGCAGCAAGCCCCAUCAGUAUCUCCGCCAAUAAUUCAGUACACCAUGACAACUUCUCCAAAGAGUCCAAUUCGCACAAGAAACCAGCAGCUAACGUCAGCUACGAAGGCGCGACUGAUCGUCUCUCUCAACUGGAUAGAAUGCGCCGACAGGUCCUGAACAAAGAGUUUUGGAUGAAGGACGAUACGGUCAAGCAGUGUUUCUAUUGCCAGGUGCCCUUUUCUGCGUUUCGUCGAAAACACCAUUGUCGUACAUGCGGAUGCAUCUUUGACUCCAAAUGUACAACGGUCAUUUCAGGGGAUAAAUUUGGUGUCUCGGGUACGCUGCGCGUUUGCAAGCGAUGCAUGGAAGUUAUCAGCCGGCGGUUUGAUGCCAGCGGCUCUGAGGACUCCGGGGACGACCAUGCGCCCGUCUUUUCCAGAAUGAUGGGCGGUGGACGGUCGCGAUCACCCCAUGCCCCUGGACGAACCCCAGCAAAGGGUAAGGAUAAGGAGGUCGCUAUCGCGUCCGAGGGCUCUGAAGAUGCACGUCCUAUCACAACGCCAAUGAUGGCGAUUCCAGCCACUCGACGCAAGCGCGAUUCUACCCACAGGUCCUCGGCGAUAUUGGAGAUCGACGCUCCCCAGCAGCUGAGUAGACCUGGCUCGUCAAGGUCGCUCAAGUCACUUGCAUCUGGAAGACCACAGUCCUCGGCCGGACACAAGAGACAUCAUUCAAAACAUGGCUUCUUGGGGCGAUUCAAGCCUCAACCAGAGCACAGAGCCCCUUUCCGGAAAGGGAUCGAGGAAGAAGCCUCUAAAAAGCCCAAGCUUCCUGCAUUCCACGAUGACAACAUCAUUGACCCGGAACUUGCCGACUAUAUGUCGGAUGAGUCCAGCGGCGAUGAACAAAUGGGAUUGUUCACUGCCAUGUCGAACGCGGAUGCUAUGUCGGGCAGUUUUGAGCUUGAUCGUUCCAACACGUCAGCUUCACUCAAUACAGGCAGAAGACAUCGCCAUAGGGCAGGCGAAAAGAGCAUCAGCGGCUUGAGUGGCAGGGGACCAUUUGACGAUGUCAACGGACCUGCGAGCCUGAUUGGCCAUCGGAGAUCCCAACGACGGCGCAAUCUCAGCAAUGUCAGUGGUAGUGUUCACAACCUUCCCUCGCCAAGGCCAAAAUCAGGAGUUUUCAAGGGGCCGACAACGUCCACCGAGUUUCCGGUGUUUCUGGAUCACCAGGUGACGCACACUCCACAGAUUACUAGGAGCGAAUCUUUGCUACAGAGAGCACCAAAAGUGGAGUUGAACAAAUCCAGUGUUCGCCACGUCCACAGACUUCUCCAUCAGCUUCUUGUGGAUGACGGCUUCCGCGAACCUGGCCCAUGGCAGAAGUCCCUGGUUCCGAUCCUGCUGCAAGCCACGGACGAUGUAGAUCCCGACGUGACUGCUGGAGAAGACAUGGACAUCAGACACUACGUGAAGCUGAAAAGAAUCCCCGGUGGCAAGCCAGGCGAUACGUCCUAUGUCUCUGGGGUUGUGUUCACCAAGAAUGUCGCUUUGAAGAGCAUGCCUCGCAAGAUUGACAACCCUCGCAUUGUGCUCGUCACGUUUCCUGUCGAGUACCAGCGACACGACCAACACUUUAUGAGUUUGCAGCCAGUCAUUGAGCAGGAGAAAGAGUUUCUGCGAGUGGUUGUGCAAAGAAUCACAAAUCUCCGUCCUCAUGUGCUGCUUGCAGAGAAGGGUGUCUCUGGUGUUGCCCUGCAGUACUUAUCGGAGGCCAACAUCGCGGUCGUUUACAACGUUAAGCACACAGUGAUCGAGGCCGUGUCCCGCUGCGCAGAAACUGAAAUUGUUACAUCGCUUGAUAUGCUGGCCCUGCCUGUCAGGGUCGGCCGUUGCGCCAAUUUCGAGGUACGAACUUUUGUUAACAACGACCAUCCUGGGCGAAAAAAGUCGUACAUCUUCUUGUCAGGAUGCCGGCCCGACCUGGGUUGCACCAUUGCCCUCCGAGGUACCGAUCAAUCGCACCUUGGCAAGAUAAAGUCGAUUGUCGAAUUCAUGGUUUACGUUGUGUACAAUCUCAAGCUCGAAUCAAGUCUUCUCAGAGACGAGUCCGUCGAGGCACUAGAGUCGGGCGAGGCGUCACUGUCAAAUUCGAUACUGGCCGAGCAAAGCUUCCAUUCUGCCAGCAGCACGAGUGGCAUCGGCAGUAGUGGUCAGGCAGCCGUUGUCGACGCGCCAUCGGAAAUCAACCAGGCUUCCCAACCUACAGCGGAGUCCUCAUCAAUCAGCGAAAGAGACAGCCAAGUGAUAGGUCCACCCGGAUCAUCUGCGGAGGCCCAAACCACAGUGUCGCCGGAAGCACAGGACAGUGAUCUAGCCAGUCAGGUCCCAGAUGAUGUGCCAAUGCCGACAUAUUACAGCGACAUGAUUGCUAAAUACGAGACGAAAAUCCUCUCCGCUUCGCCUUAUGUCAAAUUCGCCCAACCAUACCUGCUGAUGAAGGCACGAGAGCAGGAAAGACGACUAUUUUACUUACGACGUCUCCUUAAUCAUGGGAUUGAAGCUGAGGAGGAGCCCGUUGAGGACGACGAAACUCAGACGUUCCAAUUGAUCAGACCUGAAAUGGUUGAAAAGAUUGGCCAGAAAGCCCCGAGGCAAAUGAUGGAGAUCCUCCACGCCGUUCAUGAUGCCGAGUACGAUAAGGCCUUGUUCAAUUACAGAACUCAGACGAGACAUUGGGAGACCUACAUUCAAGGCAAUCUUGAUCUCUUCGAUCCUUAUUCGCACCAGAACAUUGUGGUGUUGUAUUCGGUCAUCUGCACUGACACCAAAAUUCCAUGCACUGAACCAGGUCUGGUUGCGAUCAACUUCUACGAUGAACAGCGAUACGACUCUGAGAUGGAUCCUGAUAGCUCUCUGGGGCAAUAUAUCGAAGACUUGAUCUACAGCAAGGACGAUAUAUGUACUGCCAAUGGCUGUGAGCGCAAAAUGAUGGAGCAUCAUCGGACAUAUGUUCACGACCAGUCACGUAUCACGGUUUUUGUUGAACGACUGCCGGACGCAUCGCCGAAACGGGAACAUGCAGGCGACAUUAUGAUUUGGACUUACUGCAAACUUUGCCAGAAAGAUUCCGAUGAAAUGAUGAUGUCUGACUCCACCUUCAAAUACUCCUUUGGUAAAUACCUGGAGUUGCUGUACUGGGGUCGUGGCUUGAAGAUGAAAGACACCGUUCCGUGCCCGCAUGACCAUCGCCGCGACCACAUCCGCUACUUUCGCCUGGGAAAUUCCCGGGUUCGGAUACACUGGGAUCCUAUCGAUCUUCUGGAGAUUGUCGUCCCUCGCGCGCGCAUCACUUGGAAGGUGGCGAAUGACCUGAAACUCAAAAACGACAUUUACACCAAAAUGGAGGAGCGUUGGAACAGGUACAUGACUUCAGUCAAAGCCCGUCUCAAAGGUAUCCGCAUCGACAGCGUGCUGCCGGAGAAGGCAGAUGUAUGCAGAGCCGAGGUGGAUAGGCUGGCAAAGAAGGCCAACGAAGACCAGCCCAACAUUGUUCAUGAACUGCAGGAGAUUUACGUCAACACAAAAUACUACGAGGUGGUCCCCUUCAACAAGAUCACCCGGAGAAUGUUGGAGCUCGCUGGCGAGUGGGACACGGCUUUUGCCAAAUUUGAGGCGGACUUCCUGGGCGACAAGGACAUGAGACAGCUCACUAUGCUUCAGCUCAAGAAGAUGUUUGCUGACAAUGAAUCCAAAGACUCGCUUGUUUCAAAUGAGGGUUCUGGGUCGGUCGGCGAUAGUGACGAGCCGUCCCAAACCUUUACGGAGCCAGAUGAGAAGAGCACACAGCCUACGGAUUGCACGGACAACACCAGCAUGGAAGCUAGUGCAGCAUCGACGGUCAACAUCGAGGACCAUGUCGCUUCGGCAGAAGACGAGAAGAUCUCGAUUCCCGCCGAAGGUGCAAUCGAAAGAGUUGAUGCCCUGGACUUGGCUGGCUCCCCUGUCGCUACGAAACAUUCCGGCAGCGCCCUUCCGGCAACGACGGAAAACACCGCGGUUCAAGCCCCUGCAGUACCUGUCUUUGCCAUAACGGAGGUCCCCAGACCGUCACCUUCGCCUCAGGGAACGGACAGAUCUGUGUCAGAAUCACCGUUGCCUACUCUCACGCUUGGCGAGAUAGUUGACCAGAAGCGGCGCGAACAGGCUUCACAAUCUCCCCAGCUCGGUCAGUUGGAUGGAGUCAGUAUACCAUCACCUCCCCCUGAGGGGACCAAGACGUCUAUGGAGCGCCGCAGCAGCCGGCGCUCCGGCACCGCCGUCUCGCCACCAUUGACACGCAGCAUGACCCAGCCCGCUAGACCAUUGCCUAGAUCGCAGUCGUCUUCUGGUAAAGCAAACGUUCUCAGGGACGGGAGGACAGGUGCCGCGGAUUCACCGCCACCAGAGCAGCAAGCCGAGCCGUCGAUGAAAGUGGAUAAGAAACUUUCUGAGCGAUUAGGGCUUGCAGCCUUAAAGAACCGUUCCAAAUCAGGGCAGUCGAGCAUCCCCCGCCUGGUCUCGAAAAAGAGAGACUCCAGGGUGUCGACGCUUGCAAAGCACUUUGAGCAGCUCAGUCGAGAAUUUGAACGCGAGCGCAUCCGUGAUCGUAAGAAGCGCGCCGACACUUUGAGGACGCCUCGGGCAAUGCUGCCUAGAACGUCAACAAAGGCUAUCAUUGAGGUAUACGACGACGUCAAGGAGGCCUUCGGUGAGCCGGCACAAUCUGCUGAACAAGCCCCUGAGAAGGCACCAGACAAACUGGCCCGAGAUGAGGCACCUGAACCUGCCCCCGCUGGCGGACCAGCUGCGACCGCUGGGCCUCAGCAGGACCAUCCUAUUCUCGGAGACGGAGCUUCAAGUCCCAAAAACGUAAGAAAGGAAGAAAAGGUCGAGGCAGAGCAGCUAUUCACAACCCAGCCUAGCCAAGGCACAGCCUCCGACGAUGAGGCGGGCGCCAGUGACGCUGAACCAACAGUAUCGGACGACUUUCUGCCUGGCAUCAAAGAGAUUGCAGACUCUCUGGAGCCGAGCACAGAAAUCCCCUUGGAACUGCCGAAACACCAGCGGACAAGUUUGAUGAAGUAUCUGACAAACUUUUGGGCGGAACGGUCCGCCAGUGGGUGGCCUGCUUUGGACUAUCCUGUGACGGGGAACGACCACAUAUUUGUCGAUUCCGACAUUAUUGUCCGCGAGGAUGAACCGAGCUCGGUCAUUGCUCUUGCACUCAACAGUGGAGACUACAAGGACAAGCUGACCCAGAUCAGAGGUGAGGCGCAUGCUUCUGCGCAACAGGAACAUGCGGAUGCGGUCGGUUCCAAGCCCUCAUCGAUGUCUGCGUCCGAAAAGGCCACCGAGGUCCUAGACGGGACCGAGCUUGAGAAGAGUCUGCUACGUGCCACGGGCACCCACCUCAAGUACCAGUUCAAGGAUGGUGCAUCCGUCAUGACCUGCAAAAUCUUUUACGCGGAGCAAUUCGACGCCCUGCGCAGAAAAUGCGGUGUGGCAGAGCGUAUUGUCGAAUCAUUGUCAAGAUGUUUGAAAUGGGACUCCAAGGGCGGCAAAACCAAGUCUGUGUUUCUGAAGACAUUAGACGACCGACUGAUUCUCAAGUCACUGUCACCUGUCGAAACAUCGGCCUUCCUUCGCUUCGCUCCUGGGUACUUCAGCAUCAUGGCCGAGUCGCUAUUCCACGACCUGCCGUCUGUGAUUGCGAAAAUGGUCGGAUUCUUCCAAGUCCUCAUAAAGAAUCCAACAACUGGGGUGGAUGUCCGGCUGGAUCUGCUCGUCACCGAGAACUUGUUCUACGACCGCUCGCCAACAAGGAUAUUUGACCUGAAGGGUUCCAUGCGUAACCGCAAGAUCCAAUCAACCGGUGAACAGAACGAAGUUCUUCUCGAUGAGAACAUGGUCGAGUUCAUCGCCGAGUCGCCUCUUUUCGCGCGUGAGCACUCCAAGAAGCUGCUUAGGGCGUCCGUUUGGAAUGACACAUUGUUCCUGGCCCGCCAAAAUGUGAUGGACUACUCCCUCAUGAUCGCCGUGGACGAGGACCGCAAAGAGCUUGUGGUGGGUAUCAUUGACUGCAUCCGAACAUACACCUGGGACAAGAAACUGGAAAGCUGGAUCAAAGAUCGGGGAUUUGCAGGCGGCGGCAGAAACAGACCCACGGUGACGAGUCCGAAAGAGUACAAGAACCGGUUCCGAGAGGCCAUGGCUAGUAGACAUCCAGGGGCCAAGUCGGCAAGGAAUUAUGAAGCUCAUGAUAAUGACAAUGAGAUGCGCCUCUUUGGCAGUACGUAUUUCAUGGCCUGUUGUAGCAAUCUAUCAGUUAUGCAAUCGAUCAUUGACUUGAAUUGGGAAACGCUCACCUCCGGCCCCGACGGUGACGCCCUCGCUGAGAGCAUUCGCGCCUUUAUCCACUCCAAAUUCCAGACCAUUCCCCUCCCGCGGUUCAUCAAAUCGGUACAUGUGCAUGGUUUCCACUUCGGCAACAUACCACCGUCCCUGGAGCUCAAAGAUAUCACAGACCCGUUGCCAGACUUCUACGAACGACAAGAAGGCGAUGAUGAGAGCAGUGAGGGAGAGGAGGAGGAAGAAGAACGGCCGGUGAAAGGCAAGGCAAGGGACACCAGAGGCCAAGCUGGACAGGAUCUGCGCAGUCCAUUUUUGGGCACGAGCACACCAGGCAUUCUAGGUGGACCGGGCUUAAGUUACUUCCAAGGGCAUCAUUUUGGUCCUCACACAGGAGGGACGCAUACACCUCUUGCGGCCGUGGUGGCGCAACGGGGAGGCAUCAAUUCCUGGAUGGCGGGUACCUCGACUCCAGUAUCCCACCAUUCGCGAAACCUGUCGCAGAGCAGCAUAUCCGUGGAGGAAGGUCGACUAGGCGUUCUGCGGGAGAAACACAGCGUGAGCACGCUGGCCCCCACCGGCAGCGCCAAUACGUCCCGGCCACCUACGCGGGAUGCGGCACAUUUCGAGGAGGCCAUUGAAGAGGAGUACGAUGACGAUGAGCAUCCUGAAGAAGAAGGGGCCCAAAGGCGGCGCGAGGCGAGGGUGGAUGACGUCCAGGCUGUAUUUCGGAUCAAGUACGCGGGCGAUAUACGACUGAACCUUACGGCGGAGAUUCUACUCGACUACCCGAUGCCUAGCUUCGUGGGGAUACCGCUCAAAUUGAACAUUACGGGCUUGUCUUUUGACGGGGUGGGAGUGCUGGCGCAUAUACGCAAAAGAGUGCAGUUCUGCUUCCUGAGCCCCGAAGACGCCGCAGCUGCGGUGCCUCCUGGCGAGCAAGACGAAGAUCUCGACACUGGAGAAUCAGGAACACGGUUCGGCGGUUUGUUACAGGAGAUCAAGGUGGAGAGCGAGAUUGGAGAACGAGACGGCGGCAAAGCGAGUCUGAAAAACGUGGGCAAAGUGGAGCGUUUCGUAUUGGAGCAGGUCAGACGUAUCUUUGAGGAGGAAUUCGUCUAUCCCAGUUUCUGGACGUUCCUUGUAUAG